GUAGAAGCGCGAGCCACGCCACCUCCUGAGAGGGGUUCCCCUUUCUCGCAGUACACUGAGAGCAGAGAGGCUGACGGAGCUCUUCAGUGUGUGCAAGCUGAUACAACAAAUAACAAGGAAGUCUUACAGAGGAUCGACUGAAGACCCGAGCUCAGAGUGCGCUUCUCCAAGUGAAAUGACCUGAUUUGAAGGGUGAUUUCAGCCGUUUUUGCGCCUUUCGUGCGCUCUCACGUCGGAUCUCCAAUGCCAAAAGAGUACCGGAGAAAGUCUAAAGACCUAGGAGUUUCAGGGACUCCUCUCAACGAGGGUUUACGAUCAGAUAGAAGAGCACCCGGGAAGUCCUCUCAAAUCUGCGAUGAGCUGGUGCAGAAAGCAGCCCAGAUCAGCACUUCAUCCGAACCUGGAGCGCCCACUGUGAUGGAUGCUCGCCGGGUACCGCAGGUCACCAUCACCCCGGAGGGAGGUGGCUCCUCGCGGGAGAUGCAGCAGGAGGAUCUGGAGGAGCCAGUGGAGGGUGCCCUGCGCAGGAAACUGUCCAACUCCUCCAUCUCUUCCAAUGGUUCCUCCGUCGUGGAGUCUGAGGAUGACUUACUGAGCGACAACGAGAGCAAAAGCAAAGGCAUCGUCACGUUAGAGCCACUGGUGGAUUCUGGAGAGGUGAGAAAAAACAUCAAUUUGAUCACUUUAGGUUGAAAAUUAAAGUGAUUUGAAAGUGUCUUCACGUGAGGAGGUUUUAUGCAUCACUUGCAGGUUUUUUAGGGGGCUGAAAAGCAAAAUAUUUCACAUUUACAUCCUGUACUUAACGUUUAAAGACGCUGCAGAAUAUUUAAAGUUACUGCAACCAACUUUGGUCUGCACAGGGUAUAAGCAUUUGCUGCCCUUGACCUCCUGUGUGUCAUUUCACAUCUUUAUCCGCUCAUGUUACAAAAAAGUGCUGAUGUUUAGAAAGCUAAAACAGUGAAGCACAACAGCACACAAACAGCAGUCAGCAAACUGGUCUACUUCCUCGCACAAAACCACUGGGAUCUCCCUGACUGCAGAGAGGAUGGUACUCCAAAAUAGUUUCUCAAGGUCGAUAAACAUGUCUCGUGAGUUUUGCAGGAGGAAAUCACUCACGUCUACAAUGGUUAACCUCUUAGCUGCUGCUGAAAUAGGGGUAAUGUGAGAUGUGGUGGUUCUUUUUUGAAAUCACAUUUUCUUUGCUUGUGUUUCAUCCAGUAUGAAAACACACCAUUAGUUUUUAUUGUGAUAUCUUUUCUAUCAGUAAUCUUUUUGUGACUUUUUUCCAUUCAACAUAUAUUAAUGUUGAUAAAAAUGUAUCUGUAGCAUGCCAAAUGUAAACUCCACCAGUGGUUCGAUUCUGUUAUCUCCAACCUUUCACAACGUGCGAGUCCCUCCUUCAGCACACACUGGGUACUGAAGGAUCGGCCUUCACUGGACACUGUGGGUGGAAAUAUGUUUGACUUUGACAUUCCUCACUGAUAAAGCUUAAAAAGACUCACCGGUUAUUAACAUGCACUCAUAUUUUCUUGAGUACCUUCCUUUAAGAACAACCACUGUGAGUGUGCAUCUGGAUUCAAAGUGGAUCACUUGUCCUGCGUGUGAUUUGCAGGGAAGUUGAGUGUGAUGAUAGUGAGUCACCUCUUGUGUCCUCUUGUAACAGCUUAGUCUGCUUUUUGUCGACUCUGCCACCACAUCACAGUCAGACUUUCCUUGUGUGUGUUCUUUUUACCUUCUCCAUACAUGGUCUGUAGCUGUCACUUUCCUUUAAACACAGCGAAUACACAUUACCCAUUAAGUGUGUGAGUGAAGAAAAGAGAGAAAGAGGGUGUAGGGUAUUUUCCUCUGUUCAUUAGAAGUCAGCUUUUGUGUUUUAUUUGCUCUUUAAAGUUGUUGUAACUUUAUUGGAGUUUGUUUUCACCUCUGAAUCGAUUCUUCAGACAUGACACGACACAGCGAAGCACCAUGUCAUUGUGUAAUCAUGUUUUUGUGGCUAAUUUGAGCCCUGGCCUUUGACAUUUAACAAAGAAGCACUUCAGGAAGUUCGAAACACUUCUGCUCAAGUACUUGGCGUUUGACAGCUCACUCUUGAAGACAUGCUUUAUUGAGAUUCAGCAGUAAGACGGCAGAGGAGGAAACAGGUUUAUUAUUUCGACAGGAGUUAUGCGAUUAUUUUACAGUGGUUUGAAUUAUCACUCAGAGGUGGCCAGCAACACCUGGCAGAGUGACUCACACUGUCCCCCCUGUCACCAGAAAUGAAAUGUCUCAAGACUGCUUGUAUUAGCGCGUGUCAGAGUGCCUCAAACAUACAAACACACGCCCCAGUAUUACAACAAAAAGGUGUGCCUGACAAGGUAGAAAGCAAACACGAGCUUGAUUCUACUAAACGCUAUUGAUUUAUGAGCGUAAACAAACUUAAUUGGUCUGAAAUUCAUUGUGUUUUUCUUUUUAUUGAGCAGUCCUAGAAAGUACUACAGGUGAUACUAUCAUGGUGAUCCCUUAGGGACUGUUUCCACUGAAGGCAGUUUUCUGCACUGGCAGCAAAGACCUCAACCACGUCUGCUUCUUGUCACUGUACUCACAGCGCUCUCGGCUGAAAAUAGUUCAACUUUUGGAACGAUGCCAUGCUUGACAGUGGCAGAAAAAAGGUGGUGGUGAUACUUCUAAUAUCAACCUCCACACUCUUAUUUGAGGUGCUCCCUGAACGUCCAAUCAGAUCAACUUUUACCUUCGAGUUGCACCUUUGAACUGAAAAGGACUCUGUCUUCUCUCUUGCAACUGUUCUUCCUCGGAGCUACAUUUGUUUGUUUUUGUUGUUGUUGGGAUUUUUUCUGUUUUUUUUCGAAACUCUUACCAAAAAAACAUCGGACAUUUUCACACAGCAGACAAAUUUACAGACUAAGUAACAGCGGUGGCCAUGACUGAUUGCAUCACCUCUGCAGACAGACUAAAUGAUGUCAACAAAGUUAAGUAAAUAGUGCUGUUUUCCUCUGUUAUGUACCUCUAUUUAUGGGAAUGAAAUACCAGGGAUUUUAAAAAUAUUCAACAAAAGUAAUUGCAGAAAUAAAACAACAGCGUAUUGUCCAUUGUGCUGUAAUCUGCUCAAGUAAAUGUAAUAUUUUUAGAUUAGAAAACUUUUUGAUAAUAAUGAAAGAGGAAAAACUAUUCAGACAAUAAAUGCCUGACUCUAACAUCAAAAGCAUAGUAUAUUCAAUGAUUUGCUGCCUUUUUGAUGGACUAGAGAGAUAAUAAUGUCCAGUUUAGAUAGAUUAUAAGGACAUCUUUUACAACCCAGAGCACCUUUUGGGAACGUUAGUUGCACUCUUUGCUUAUCUUGUCUUUUACAUGCUAAAGUGAUGUCCUCUAAUAACAAUAUUUUGAUCUUUAACAUUCAAAUUUGUCAUUAAUUGUGACUAUUUUAUGUGAAAACUGUAAAAAAAAAAGGGCUUCUUUGCUGAAACCUACCCUCCUGUACUCUUGUUUGCUUUUAAAUAUCAUAAAAAUGAAUCAAUAAGAAUUUCAGUCUAUUUUAUAAUCGUGAAAAAAAUCCUCACAGGAGCUUUAACCCAUUGAUCAUUGGGUUUAUCAGUAGAUUAAUUGAUAACAGUUACUAUUGGCAGUAAUCUUAUUGAAGAUCAAUUUCUGAGUUCUCCCUUCAUCUUUCAGACACACCUUUGAAUGAUUUAAGCUGAAUUAAGCACAAUAUGUCAGCAGAGGUGCUGUUACCAAAGUGGGGACAGUGUUAUCAGUACACACUCCUGUGAUUUCUGUCAUCAAAGCUGACCUGGUCACAGUUUUGUGUGGAGCAUUAGUUUUCAAAGUCAGUACAUGUGUAAAAUGUAAAUACAGAAGGACCUGUGGGAUCUUAAUGUUUAUGUAAAAACUCUGAGUUUCCGUUCCUUCUGCGUGCGAGAAUAAGACGUUACGCUACAUGAUUCCAGACUUUAUAUCAAGCAUCAUGGAAAGGGUAGAUUAGACAGUAGCUCUCUGUGUUUUCCAUCUGCAUGAAAAGACCAUCGCGCAAAGCGAACUACACAGCAUGUCUGUGGAAGGGAAACACCUCCACUCUGUGAUAUUAUCAGUAAACAGUAAGCAGCACAUUAAGUGAAGCGAAUCAGCUGACAUUUAACAGAGACUGUCAAAUGCUGCUGCGGAGUUGUGUUAUUACUGAGGAGGUGAAGACGCUUGAGCGUGAGAGUCCCUGUUUCAUUUCCUGUUUCAAUCUGAACACAGAAUAAAAUGACCUCCACAGAGCCAGAAGAUAAGAGCAGAGAGACUGUGUAAUUUUUCCUUUCAAACACCUGGGAGUGUGUUGAUGCUCUUUUCAUUAUUCUGAGGAUGAUUGUGUAGAAGUGUAAUCCUCUCAGUGUGCGAGCAUUUCAUGAGAUUUUUGUGGAAAAGAAAAAACAAGCAGUUCCUCCUUAAGUGUGAAGAGCUGCGGUGUCUCAGUGAAAUAUGCAAGCUGUUACUGUGUUUUAUUUGUGAAUGUGUGUGCUUGUGUGUGUGUGUGUGUGUGUGUUUGUGAGUGCAGUGACAGACAGAGAGAGGCAGUGAUAGCAGUAGGAGUACCUAGUCCUUUGACAAACACUCAUGACAAACAGUAAACAUCGCUGCCAAGAGGAGAUAACUCACUUGUCAGUCAUUUGAAGAAUUUCUUUAUUUAUUUUGCUCCGUUUGGGAUUCAGAGCAUGCAUCGUUGUGUUGCAGUCAGUCAUACGACACCGAGAACUAAAUAGAUAAAUAAAUUCAGACAUCACUAACAAGUGAGUGGGAGUUGAGUGGCUAGCAGCAAGUGCAGAGUCGCCUUCGGGUAUUUGGUGUUAAUGCUGCAGAUUCUCCUUCCAAAUGGGAAAAACAAUGCAUGUUUUAAUACGUGUGAAAUCUGAAAUCCUACUUGGCUAUAAAAGCAAAAGGCAGCUCAGCGUCCUAAAUUUUUGGAUUGGGAAUUAGAGUGAAAGUAUAUAAAGGUAGAGGAUCUUAGUCUAGAUGUGGAGCGCAGAUACAUUUCCACAGAAAUGGCAUUAAGUUGACCUAGAUGUGAGGUUUCAACUUAGUGAAAAACAAAGCCUGGCAUCAAGUGUACUUUUAAAAAACUGCUUUUACUUUCUGAGUGUCUUUAGAGAGUGACUAAAGCUUAGUGAUUUCAAACUAAAGAUACAAGCAAGUUGAUGCUUAGGGAAGAUUUUAAAAUGAUUUCCAUGGCAACUAAUCUUUUCAGCCCACAUGUGGAUCAAGUAAGCAUUAAACUUUACAUUUUCAGUCAUUUGUGUUUUUUUUCCACUGGCACUUGCAGAGAAUAACAGCAGCACCAGUGUAGAGUGUCUUUCACUGAGGUUACUGUGUGGUAACGUCCCUCACUGGUUCCUGACUGGUUUUCUUCAUUGUCUUCUCUACUCUGCUGGUGACUGGUUAUCCGUAAACCACAAAACUUAAGAACUGUUCGCUCCAAACAAGUCAUGAUAAUUCUUAAAUUAUCCUCCAUAUUGUUUACCAAUAUUAUUGCAAAGGAACGUCUUGGCCACAGUGUCAACAGGAAGAAGUGAAACUACAUAAAUGAACUGAACUAAACCUAUCUGCAGCUUGAUAUGAUGGUUUUGUGCUAACUGGCUGUCCCCAGUGCCGAUUUUGCAGUUCAGAAUUACUGACGUUUUUGACAGGGUUUAGACCAAUCAGAAUCAAGUAUUCAACACACCCAGGUGAUUAGUAAGAAAGACUGGUCGUAAAGCGUAUAACCUCUCUAUUCUCCAUCAUAAUCCUUCGUUUCUGUUUGCUUUUCCAGAGUAAGCCAUGGUGGAAGUUAAAGACAAUCGUCCACUGGCCCUUCAGUGCUACCCAGAGGAGAAAACUGAAUUGGGUUCAGCUGGCUGGGCAUAAAGGUACAACUCGUUUUGGGCAACAAAUAAUGUUUAAACACUGUGUAUAUCCCUGACAGAGGCCUCUGAUGUCCUUUUUCUCCCCUGAUAGGUUAGCAUGUUUUUGUGCAGUCUUUGACACAAAACUUGUCUCUGAAGUGUCAUUAUGCAGUUUUUUCUUGCAGCUCUUUGUGAGUAAAAAAAAAGGCUCAGCCACAUAAAAAACACUUCAGCUGAGCAGAUACUAGCUUUCAUGAAUGACUGAAGUCGUCUUCUUUAAACACUGUGUCUCUGCGACUAAAACUAUGAAUCCAAAAGAACAGAGUCGACUCAGCCAAAAGAGCCACUGAAAGGAUCGUAUCCAGCAAACAGACAACAUAUGCCUUUAAAUUCUCACUCAGAGAGAGCAUCCUCUCACCUCGCCUGCUUGUGAAAUCCAAAGUUUUGUUUUCUGUCUCUUCUCAGGAAACUUCAAAGCAGCAGGCGAGGGCACCAUCCUGAAGAAGUUCUCUGAAAAUGAGAUGCAGUGUUUUGAGAAGCUGAGGGAGGACGCUCUGCUCCCGUUUGUACCUGGUUACCAUGGCAUUGUUGAAAAGGAUGGGGAGUCCUUCCUUCAUAUGACUGACCUGCUGGCAAACUUUGACCUCCCUAAUGUCAUGGACUGUAAGAUGGGAGUGAGGUAAAGGAAGUGAGCUUAUUACCUUUUAAAAAUAUAUCAAAAACAUUAAGUUUUGAUUUCUUAAUCUGAAAGUGAACAUACCAAAAUGAUCAACUUCCUGACUGUUUCAAUUUAGGAUCAAUCAGGUCACCAGGUAAAUGUUUAGGAUGUUGAUGCUCACUCUCUUGUUCUGAAAGUAAUAAUUGUGGCAUUUUGUGUGUUCUGGUGACAGUACGUGCUGCCUGCAGAGUUUGUGCACUAAAGGGAACACCUGUUAUAACUGCAGGCUACAUGCUGGCUUCCUGCCACAGCAGGCAGGGUGCCUCACUGUAUCAUGUGCACAGGCAAAAACACUCACUCACUCACUUACUCACUCACACACACAAGAACAAGCUGCCUCAAGAUUGCACAUUUAUAUGCAUGCAUGAAUGCGCACAUGACUGUAAACAUGCACAUGUUGGUGAAGCCAUUACAGCUGAGAGGAAGAUACUUCUGGUCCAGUGCAUGCAUGCACAAACACAUGCAUCUCAUCCAAACACCCACACACACACACACCCACACACAGGAUCACUGAAUUCACCCACACACAUAAUGACAAAUUAAAGGAUAGACAAUUUAAUUUUUCUUCUUAAGUGUUUGUGUGUUGAGUUCUAUAGCAACACCCAUAUAUGUAAGUGUAGAAGAUUACACACUCAGGGUGUCCCUGGAGACUCCCCUCAGUCAAAAACACUCUUAACCACAAAGCUGCAAAACCGCUAACCCUAGACCAGCACACACUCACUCUCUCACACAGUCGAACACAGCACUGGAGUCUCCUCUCAGCUUCCUCCUUCAGCUCAGAGAGGAAGUGCACACUUGCAAACUGAAACUGAAAUUCAAAUUGUUUUGAACGUAACUGACUCUUAUGAAUAAGCCAAGUGUGAACAGGCAACAGUAGGCUGCUCUUACAUGUGCCGAUCAGGGUCAUGUUUGUCCUUGUUCAGCCAUGUCCCCCUCCAGCAGGCCAAAUCUAUUCUGUGAAUCAUUCCUGUAGGAAACAUGUUUCACCAAAACCCGGGUCACAAAGUUUCCUGCAGACCUAUUACUAACUUUUCUAAGUUUGCAUAUAUGUGACUUUUUGGAUUACUUGUAGUUCCUUAUUUGUAUCUCCUACUCCAGAAUGAGAUCUUUGUGGCUGUUUUUGCAGCAUGGUUUCCGUUUGGGUUGCUCCAUUGAAGGAAUUCUUCUGCUUACAAAAUAUUUAUUCACAGAUCUAUCUACUGUAUAGCUAUCGGUGCACACACAACGCAAAUUAGUUUAACAACAAAACAAAAGUCACAUUGAAGCAACCAUUUGUCAUUAUUAAUUUUAUGUCUAAAACUAUCUCUAACUACAGUACAUCCAGCCUCUGAAGUCUUUCUCCUUCCAUCUCUUUCAGGACAUAUUUGGAGGAUGAGCUAGUUAGAGCGCGGGAGCGACCCAGACCGAGAGAAGACCUGUAUAAUAAAAUGGUGGAGGUGGACAGUGAUGGGCCGACUCCUCAGGAGCAUGCUCAACGUGGAGUCACCAAACCUCGCUACAUGCAGUGGAGAGAGAGCAUGAGCUCCACCAACACGCUGGGCUUUAGGAUAGAGGGGAUCAAGGUAGAGUGAUGAGAUGUUUGGACAUCAUCAGCAUGUCAUUUAUAGGCCAGUAUUAGCAAUGUCUGUCAUCAUUUAUCCUUACAUUUUGCUUUAACAUGCAACUAGAUAGAUGCUCGGAUGUUAGCCUCUGAAGUUUCGUUCAGACGAUGCAUCGCUUAUUCUUCUCUUUCAGAAAUGUGACGGUACGUGUCGAACUGACUUCAAGAAAACCCGAUCGAGGCAAGACGUCAUCCAGGUCUUCAGAGACUUUGUUGAAGGGAACAUGGACAUCAUCGUACGUGGCACCCUCAUUGUUCCUGCACACAUGUGUAAUGAUGUGUUUAAGGAAGGACCUUCACACAAAAACAGGCUGUACCGUGCAUGUACACAGAGCAACCCCACAGGCAUUACUUAAAACACUACAUAAACUAACAGAGCGGUUGCUUAAGCGCUCACAUCCGCCUCCAGUGUUUGGACAAAUGUAAAUUAUUUUGUAGACACAGUUUGAAAAAGACCAGGACCUGUCUAAUGUUAAAAGAAAACAGCCUUGAACUAUUUAAACAGCAAGAAAGUAAAUAUUCACUCUGUUACGCUGUUUGACUUUUCUAUUAUGAUAAAAGGUUUCCAAGUUUGCACGCCGCCUACACCCUGUUACACUUAUAGCCUCCGAAAGUUGGCUUUGGAUUAUCACGUAUUUAAAAUUACAUAAGGGUCUUAAAGUAUUUGACUAUGUGCUUGUCACUCUUUUUCCUGAAAUACAGAAGUCCUACCUGAGCAGGCUGAUGGUGAUCCAGCAGGCCCUGAAGACAUCGGACUUCUUCAGACAACAUGAGGUGAUGACUGAUCUAAAUAUGAGUGACAGGUUAAAGCUGAACAAACAGAAAGUGUGUUUAAAGUCAACUCUACUUAAGGGAUGCAUCACUUUUUCCGAAGCAUUGUGUUGGUUACUUCCUUAUUCAAAGACAUAACAUAAUGGUAAUGAUUAUUUUCUCAUUGAACCGUUUCCCUGAAGUGCCGAACAGCUGCUGCUCCCACAGACCAAUCAAAAUGCUUACAUCUGAAUUGAUUUUGAACUGGAUGUCAUUUAACACCGUUAAAAAAAUACAUACGCCUUAAGCACACAUUUAUAUAUGUUUAAUACACUUGAAUGUUUAGUAGAUAUUUGCUUUAACUGCUGUUAAAAGUGACUAGGAUGACAAUUCCUGGAACUAAUGAUCUUUACAGACAGAGAAGCUAAAGUGAACGUAACAAAAAGUCCUUCUUGUUUAUCACAGGUCAUUGGCAGCUCCCUGCUCUUUCUCCACGACCACACAGGGAAUGCCCAGGUCUGGAUUAUUGACUUUGGAAAGACCACAGCGCUACCAGAAGGCCAGACAUUGAACCAUAACAUACCUUGGCAGGAAGGCAACCGAGAGGAUGGCUAUCUGUGGGGACUGGAAAACCUCAUCCAAACACUGGCGUCUGUAAGCAGCGAAGAGACAAGUGGAGAAACAUGUUGCUCUGUUACCAAAGAAAAUAGUCAAACUCCAGACACAGAUGGUCAGUGACCUUUGACUGUUUUACGGGUGAAGGAAACUAAAACUAUUUUAAAGGACAUCAUAAGGAAGACAUUUAGGGACGGUUUUAGAAAGAGCUAAGACAGAGUUUCAUAGAACCACUGACAGAAAAGAUGCCACGGACACUGAGCAGAGAGGAGAGUUUGUCACUAGUUUCUGAAUGAGCGAAUAAACUGACACUAAUUCAACUUCCUACAUGAUGAACAGAAGCGAAAGUGUAGAGAUUCUGCUUUUCACUUUCAGGUAUGGGAUUAAGAAAAUGUUCCUGAAAUAUGAAUUUAAUGAAGGAGGAAGUAAGUUCAAGUUUAUACUUAACCCGGUAACAGACCUCAUAGUCGUACGACUACAGCACAUAACACAUUAUCAUCAUACAAAUACAAACUGUAUAAGGUUUUAUCUAUAACUAUUCUGACAAACUGUCUUUGUUGUACAAUAGUUGAAUUUCUCUCUUUUUCUUUCCCCUGUAAUCAAACUUUAAUUUAAACUUAAAAAAAUUAAACUUUCAUUUCUUUUAUUCAUGUGCUUUUACAAAAAUGUGUAGGCUCUGAACACUGCACUGUUUGUUAAUGCACUGUCUUUGGUCUUGGUGUGAGAUGUAAACAAAUGAGAAUGUAUCUGAAAUUAAAAAGGGAACAUGUUCAAAUAGUGAA